AAACAACAACGCAACGCGGUUCGGAACUUUAUUUAAACCGUAGGAAGGCUCCGAAAAAACUAAAACUACUCAGACCGUGGAGGUGAGCUCCCUGUGGCAAGGCCAACGAGAGGCCAUAUUGAAAAUUACCCAGAAGACCCUGGGGACGAGGUCGACGCAAGGCUAGUGAUGAUGUGGUCGAAACAUUGUUUUGUUGUUGUUAUUUUCUUGCUUCAAGUUUACGCGGAGGAAAGCGACAUUCUAUUGGAUUCAUGCAGUAGUAUCCUAAAGCGUCUUAGAGUUAGCUUUGGUGGCAGUGAAGUGAAUUGUGGUGAGGUGAAGAACUACGAAUCGGUUACUGAAACACCUGAGAUUAGCUUCCCUAACGCACAGGAGAUAGACAAGUCCAAGCUGUACACUGUGAUGGUGAUUGAUCCAGAUGCCCCAUCUCCAAUAAGACAUCAGUACCGUAGCUGGCUGCAUUACCUCAAAGUGAACAUUCCGAGUGAUGAGCUUGCUCAAAGACUAGACAUACAAUCUGGCAUGGACACCAUACAAUCUGGCAUGGACACUGAAUUGAAGAGCUACAGACCUCCCUCCCCACCCAGUGGAAGCGGUCUACAUCGCUAUAAGUACUAUGCCCUGGAACAGACUGGAAAAGUCAGGCCAUCACCAAUCUCUGAACGCCGUUCUUUUGAUGCCCAAGAGUUUGCUGCUAAGCAUAACCUUGUUGUUAAGGCAUACAAUGAGUUUAAGACACAGAGGCAAUAGAUGGAAUCACCACAUAUUGCGGGGGGUGAAGGGGUCAAUAAAUGGUGUUGGAGAAUUCUCCUGAAAUAGCAUAUAAUGUAGAAUUAAAAGAUUCUUUUCUUUACAUAAAUGCUUGUAUAGAAUAAUUUUUGUUAACAGAGAGUAAACAUAUUUAGAAGACAUCGAAAAUUGACAGAGUAAUAAAAUUGUGUAUAGUUGUA